GGAGAAACAAAAUAUUAGGGUUUAUAAGGACAUGGACUGGGGGGAGUGUGUGUCCAAGGCAGUGCUGGAGCGCUACAAGUGCUUGCCAAAGAAAGGGAAGCCACAGGGCGGUGAAUACACAGUUCUCGGAGCAUUCUUAGUCUCCGAUUGCGAUUCGUCAAUAGCUUCUUUGCGAGUGAUUGCAUUGGGAACUGGGACCAAAUGCCUGGGAGGCUCUCAACGCAGCCUUGCUGGCGACACAAUCAACGAUUGCCAUGCCGAAGUGAUCGCUAGGAGAACACUGCUCAAGCUUUUAUACACGGACAUCGGGUCUUUUGUAGAUGAGGGGCAAGAUUCUCGUUCCAAGUUUUUCAAGAGGGAUGAUAAUGGCAGACUGCGUAUGCGUCCAGAGAUUCGACUCCAUCUCUACAUCAGCCAGUCACCUUGUGGAGACGCAUGCAUCUUAGGAGUUGAUCCUGGCGCCGGAGAAGACGAUCACAGUGAAUUUUGCUGCACGACGGGGGCAAAGCUGGUGUCUACACAAGUUCACUCGGAACAAAGCCUGCAGACAACGGGCAUGCUUAGGCGAAAGCCUGGCCGGGGAGAUGCCACUUUUUCUAUGAGUUGUAGCGACAAGAUCGCAAGAUGGAAUGUUUUGGGAGUUCAAGGAGCUCUCUUGUCCUUGUUCCUCAACGAACCAGUAUACAUCUCGACGAUUACUGUUGCUAGGAGCACGAAAGCAUCGCCACUGGUUUCCGACCUGGCGUGCAUAGAGGCCCUGCAAAGAGCUACUUUCGGCCGGCUGUGCUCAGUGGCACGGAAUCUAGAAGCUCCUUACAGACUCAACCAGAUAUUCAAUCAGCUGGGACUCGUCCGGCUCCCACGAGGUUGUCAUUGGAACAACGGGAAGGAAGCAAGGUGCUGCGGGCAAAGGAGCGUUGUUACCAGCUACAGAAUCAAAGCUCAACAGGAAGUCAUUGGGGAGAUCAUUUAGACACCUGUUGACGCAUUUCUUCCCUGGCUUGGCUUGCAGCAACUACUUGGAGUGCAAAAAGUUAGCACUAACAUAUUUGGAAGCCAAAGAGAUUCUCCUUCAUCUAAAUUCACCUUUUGCUGGGUGGCUGUCGAACACCUUAGAAAAGUAAUACCAAAACGACCACCUUUGUUUUA